CACCAAACCUCCCUCGCAGGAGAGGCCGAGUGCGCUGUGCACAGGCCAGUUCCCCUGGACACGGAUCCAGGAAGAAGACGGCGCAGUUGUAAGAAAAGGCAGCAACAGACUGGCAGAUGUACUAGCUUCACAACAGCAGAACCGGCUUUGAGUUAUUGCUGGCAGCUGCUUCACACCAGUAUGUCUCAGAGACCCAGCGACUUCAACGCAAGUCCCAUCUAAGCAUCAGAAACAACGAAGGGAAAGGCUAGCUUUGCCUGCGUUGUUUUAUGCAGCUGCAACAUGAUCAUCCCCUUGGAUCAUCUUUCCUCUCUGCGGCCAGGCAAGGUGGAAGUCAGCAUGCCUGGCUAUUAGGAAGUAACUCAACCCUGCAGACCCAGAUACACACAUUGCCUCCUAAGCUUCGGACAGGGAAAUCCGCCUCUGACCAGAAGAUACCCCCAGCCGGCUGCACCCCGCGUUCCCUGCCACCAUGCAGCUGACGUUCUGCAGGCUCCGGACCCAUCAGUGGUGCUUCAUUUUAUUUAAUGUCUUGCUUUUCCAUGCACUGCUUUUUGGAGCAGAUUUACUGGAGGAAUACUUCCUACAGUCAUUACCUCUUUCUUACACUGAUGCAAAGGUUCUUGAAAUCAGGGAGAAGGCUAGGAAAUUAGACACCGAUCCUCUAAAGGCCAAUCUCUCCAAGUCUUAUACCAUCAGCAGCACAGGGGCAUGCUCAGAUCAAGAGGUGUUUUUGCUUGUUCUUGUCUGCAGUAGCCCAGAAAACAGGACAAGGCGCAAUGUGAUCAGGCAGACAUGGGGUAAUGUGACAGACACCAGAGGUUAUGCAGUCCUUACUUUGUUUGCUUUAGGAAAGCCAGCUUCAGUAAUCAUCCAGCUGGAGAUCAAUGAAGAGUCUCAAAAGCACAGAGACAUUAUUGAAGGAAGCUUCAUUGACUCUCCCGAGACUCAGACACAGAAGAUUGUGAUGAGCAUGAAAUGGGCAGUAACUUUCUGUUCCCAGGCAAGGUACAUCCUUAAAACCAACGAAGAAAUGUUUCUCAGUACUCCAAGUCUGGUUGGAUACUUGCUUAGCUUAACACAGCUAGAGGACAUUUAUAUCGGGAGAGUCAUUCAUCAAGCGGUGCCUGACAGAGACCCUGAAAGCCCUAGCUUUGUUCCCAUCAGUCAAUAUCCAGAGGAGUUUUACCCAGAUUACUGCAGUGGGACAGCUUUUGUCGUAUCCCAGGACGUAGCUCGGAAGGUGUAUGUAGCCGCCAAGGAAGUGCCAGUUUCAGUGCCCCCUGAUAUCUUUGUUGGAAUCUGUGCUAAAAAAGCUGGCAUCACGCCUAUUCAUAGCUCUCGGUUUUCUGGGGAAAAGCAUAUCAGAUACAAUCGAUGCUGCUAUAAAUUCAUUUUCACCUCUUCCAACAUGAAAGAGGAUGAGCUAUUUAAAGAUUGGAGGGAAAUAAGUGAUGGAAAAGAUUGCUCGUUACUGGAAACUUACUAUGGUCUCGUGUCCUGCAAAGUUUUGACCUAUUUUGAUAAGUUCAAACAGUUUAACAUGAAUGCAAUAAAAAAUGGGGCUCUUCAUUUGGCUGAUUAAGAUUUAACUUUUGCAAAGAAAGCCUACGUCUUCUUUCACUGAAUGUCAACAAGA